AUGGCUACUUCGGCUUUGGCAGAGAUCGACGUUCUGCAGGCAGCUCUCGGAACAUCCAUCUCUGCGUUGAAGGCGUCCAUCGACUCGCAAGGCUUUUCUCAAUUCAAAAGUGAUGACAUAUCUCCUCAUCCACUCGAUACCGGUCUACCGGAUCCAACGACGUUCUACGCCCGUCGUGCGAUCGUUGGACUUUGCCAGCAGAUCAUCGCUUUAGUUCAAGAUCCUGCGCAGCGAGCUCUAAUCGACCACUACAACUUCUUGCUACCUGCCUGUAUUGUAGCAGCCACAGAGACUAAGCCGUCGUUUGCGGAAGUAAUGCUGGAGGCUCCCUCGGGUGGAAUCACUUUGGACGAUGUGGCCAAGAAGACAGGCAUUGAUCGAAUCAAACUCCGAUCUUUCGCCCGCAUGCUUGCUACUGCAGGAUAUGUCAAAGAGGUGUCUGUCGACUGUUUUAUUCCAACUCGCUCUACACGUGGUUUGGCGCCGGGAGCUGGUCCAGUGGCAGAAAUGAAUGGCAUUUUUAGCACUUAUGCACCGCCGGCUACUAUCGUUCCAAAGGUGCUGAAUCUUCCAUCAGAUUCAACUACGCCUGCACCAUUCGAGGUGUUCUUCAAGACACCGUUCUUUCCCUUCCUCCAAGAGAAUCCAGCGGUGCUGAAGCGUUUCCACCAAGGAAUGACCGAGAUCGAGAAUCACUUGGACAAGGGAAUUUCUGCCGACGUGCACUUGGAUGAUCUGGGCUCAUCUAUCACCCUUGUCGAUGUGGGUGCCGGGCAUGGAGGCAUGUCGAUGCAGUUCCUCAAGCACCAUCCUGGCUGGAAGGCUAUCCUCCAGGACAGAGCCGAGGUCAUUCCUCAGGCCCGACAGGCGACUCAGUUCUGGAAAGACAACAUGCCGGAUGCGCUGGAGACGGACAGGGUUUCUUUCCUCGCUCAUAGCUUCCUGGAGCCAACACCUCUCCCUCCAGCCCCAGAGGGAUCUCCAUACGUCUUCCUUAUCAAGAGCGUACUGCACAAUUGGCCAGACGACAUGGUCAAAUUGAUGCUGGAGAACCUCGUUCCAGCGGCACCACCUGGAACCAAACUGCUGAUCAUCAACUUCACCCCAUCCACGCCGGACUCUCCUCACGAGCUUCACGUCGACGAAUUUUUCGACAGGAUCAAUGGGAAGACAAUGGAAGAAGUCCAGAGAAUGGAUCUACCCGUUCCGCUUCCACUUGACGUUGGAUUUGGCGCGGGAGAACAAUAUGUGUCGGAGCUGGACAUAUUGAUGCUGCUCCUUUUCAAUUCCCGUGCGCGUACUGCGGAGGAUUUCAGAGAACUGCUGGAAAGCACUUCGUGGAAACUAGAGAGUCGGACCCGUCUCCGCGGCGCUUCCUCCCUCCUAAGAGCCUGUAGGGUCUAG